AUGGCUGAUAACAAGGAAGACCUCGCUGCUCUCGGAGCUGGUAGCCUCUUUGGUGUCAAGGGCAUGGUUGCCGUAAUCACUGGUGGUGGCUCAGGAAUCGGCCUCAUGAUGGCCAAAGCCUUGGCUGCCAAUGGCGCCGAGAAAGUCUACAUUCUCGGUCGGCGCAAAGAGGUCCUGGAAGAAGCUGCGGCAUCUGUGGGACCCAGCAUCAUUCCCCUGGUUUGCGAUGUUAGUGACAAGAACAGCCUCACAGAGGCAACCGCAGCCAUCGAGAAGGAAGCCGGCUUUGUCAAUCUACUCGUCUGCAAUGCUGGUGUCGGCGGACCACAGGUCAAGGCCCCCACCCCCGAGAUGACAGCUGAGGAAUGGGCCGAGCAGCACCUCGCCCAUGACAUGGCCGAUUACACGCGAGUCUUUGACAUCAACGUCACCUCUGUGUGGUACACCGCGAUGGCUUUCGUGAAGCUGCUUGACCUUGGUAACAAAAAGGGAAACCUAUCACAAAGCUCCCAGGUCGUCUCGACGAGCUCCAUUGCCGCCUUCAAUAAGAUCGCUCCCGGUGGCUGGGCGUAUGGCCAAUCCAAGGCGGCCGCGACGUUGGUUAUCAAGCAACUGUCAAGUAACCUGCCUCGUUGGAACAUCAGAGCCAACUGUAUUGCUCCUGGAUUGUUCCCGAGCGAAAUGUCGGCCCCAAUUGCCAAGCUUUACGCCGAGGACGGCAGUGUCCCCAAGGAGAUGGUGCCUCUUCAAAGAAUGGGUGAUUUGCAAGACAUGGCAGGCGUCAUGUUGUACCUUGCUUCGAGAGCUGGUGCGUAUUGUAAUGGCGCGGUGAUAACUGUGGACGGAGGUAGACUCGGAAACUUCCCUACCACAUGGCACGCUUAG